AGCAGCGGCAGCAGCGUCCCCGGGACUCAGGGCGCGGAGUGAGCGCGGCUCCCCAUCCUGCUACCCACAGCACGGGCACGGAGCAGGAGGGGACAACUGAACUGAAACCAGGCGCGUUUUCUGCAUGUGAGGAACGACAGAGUCCUCGGCAGGAAAACACUUCUUUUUCUUGUUUUUGUUUGAAAGAGUAAGAUACUUUAGACAUGGCUUCAUCCGUGAGCGGCACAGAGGAGGUCCGGGUGUCGGCGUUGACGCCCCUGAAGUUGGUGGGACUGGUGUGCGUCUUUCUCGCCCUGUGCCUGGAUGUCGGGGCCGUGCUGAGCCCAGCGUGGGUCACGGCGGAUGACCAGUACUACCUGUCCAUGUGGGUGUCCUGCUGGAAGCCCGUCAGCUCCGUGGACUGGUCCUGCAACAGCACGCUGGCCACCGACUGGCAGAUCGCCACAGUGGCCCUGCUGUUGGGGGGGGCGGCCCUCACCCUGCUCUCCUUCCUCGUGGCGCUGAUCUCCCUGUGCUUCAGCUCCAGGAGUCGCUGCUACAAGCCCGUGGCUGUCAUGCUAUUCUCUGCAGUGGUACUCCAGGUGUGCAGCUUGGUCCUGUUCCCCAUCAAGUUCAUUGAGACGGUCAGCCUGAGGGUGUACCACGAGUUUAACUGGGGCUACGGUCUGGCCUGGGGAUCCACCAUCUUCUCGUUUGGAGGAGCCAUCCUCUAUUGCCUCAACCCCAAAAACUACGAAGACUACUACUAAAAUAUGCGAGGCAAGAAGAGGAACUGAGACUCUCUGUUUCACCCAGUGCCCUCUCAGUUGUAAGAACUCUCUGUCUGUUACACAGUGCACAACCACGGACUAGAAAAAUAGGAAUAAGCAAAUGCUUGUUGUUAGUUUCAGGACUGGAAAUGAACCCUUCCAUUUGAUACUGUGAACUCUCAAAGACACUCAUUCGACUGAAGCCCCAUGCACUCUUUCUUUUGGCACCAAACCCAGCUGUGAAAAAGAAAUCCAAACCAGACAGUUCAAUUUGGGAGAGAAUGUCACCAGUUAAGUCAGCGUCCCCUUUAAGUGGGACUCCAGUAGGUCUUAGAUUCAUGCAGAAAAUCUGGAGGGAACAGAUGGAUUCACUGACCCCAUACCAGGGCGAAUUGGUGAUCUAUUGAACCAAUCAGAGCAGAGAAGGCAAAGAAUGAUUUUAACUCGGGCCAAUCAGGGAGGUAACGGAUCCAGGGAGGAAAAGAUCCUAUUGAAAUGAUAUCCUGAGGAUGACAAAGCGAGGAAGACAGGGCACACCUAAGGAAAUGCAACAUGCUGCAUUUCCCCGGAGAUUGGCUUCAUCUGGAACUUGGCCUGGCCUUCUUCCUCCAGUAGAGUGUAGCUGCUUGGUGAAAGCAUGUCAUACAGCUCCAAGACUGGCUUUAUUUUCUCUUGUCUUAUUCAAGUCUAUUAAAAGGCUCAGAAAUACUCAUAAUAAUCAGAAGCUACGUAAGACAGUAAAAACAUUCCACAGACACCUUUGAAAUGAUACACUGGUGGGAGGAACAUUUCCUUGGUUAAUGACUAGCACAGCGGUAAAUACCUUUGGCUGCUAUUGCAAAUCUGCAGCUAAAUCCAAGUUAUCCCUGCUUUUUGAUAAAAUUGUUGUAUUAUAUGUAAGUAUGUGCAGUGAGCAUCAUAAAGUAAUAGUCAUUCAAAGAAGACCAGUGGGAAGGAAGAUGGCAAAUGACCAUGUCUGCUGAGUGUGUGCGCAAGCCUGCAUGAUCACACUACCCAGCACAUGCUCACACAUUUCCCCAUGUGAUGCCUCAUCUUCUCACCCAGUAGGAACUGGGACUGCUCCGAGUAGAAUAAGCACCAUUGAGAACACAACGGUAGAUUUUUCCGCUUCGGCUAGGAAGUUUUUGAAAAAGUCAGCAUAUUUAGUUUUUGCAUCCACAAUAAAGUAUUUUAGGAGAUGCCAGAGUGCAAUGUGCAGUGCAUGAGUAGCGUUAUGAGGAACAGGGGCUCAAUCAAGAAGAAUGUGGGAAGUUUCAAACCUAGCCAAAGGUCUGCAAAGGAAAAUUAGCCAGCUGCGUAACACUGGCACAAUUACAGAAAUGUUGAUUGAUGUGUGUUGACCUUAUAAAUAAAAGGAAAAAAAGAAACCUGAAGGAGGACAGUGUGGUCCUGAGAGGUGAGACUUGCAGGGACAGAAGACCUGCACUUAUCUGCUCUAGCCAUCUUCUUAAGCCUCACUCGAGGUGGCCAGAAACUUCUCCAGCCCCCUGUUGCAACAUUAGUGAAAGUGAGUGAGUGUGUGCAUGCCACUAGCAUUUGCUGAUGUGUUUCUGAUUCCCGCUGGUUGGAUUACUAACAUAAUAAACAUGUACUGGGAAAAUAAAGGUGUGUUUGG